AUGAAUUUUGACGAUAUUCUGAGUCAAAUUGGGGGGUUUGGCAAGUUCCAGAAGACCCUGUAUGUGUGGAUUUGCCUUCCCCAGAUCUUCCUGGCCUUCCACAUGCUGGUGUCCAUCUUCACAGGGGCUGUGCCUCCUCACCUGUGCCGUUCCACCUGGCCCCCGGGAGCAAGUCCUGGGUCCAGCUUCAGUUUCAACUCCAGCCAACAAGCUCACUCCGCAGGCAGCUCUGACCUUUCAUGUUCGGAUGAGGUCUCACUGGUCCAGCUGAACCACAGCGGCAUUCUGCCCCUCAGUGAUGGCCCUGCUUCCAGGGGCUGCCGGGGGGGCUGGGAGUUCAGCAAGGAGGUCUUCCUCAGCACAGUGGUUACAGAGUGGGAUCUGGUGUGUGACAACGCAACACUUAACAACAUCGGUUCCUCUAUCUAUAUGUUUGGUCUGCUUGUUGGAGCUGUGGUGUUUGGCGCCCUUGCUGAUAAAUAUGGGCGCAGAACCAUCAUUCUGAUUGGACUGGCAAUGCAAGCAACCUUUGGGGUGGGAGCUGCUUUCGCCCCAAAUUUCUACAUAUAUGUCUUAUUGCGAUUUGUGGUUGGGACAACAAUAUCUGCUGUCAUCAUGAACGCAUUUGUAUUAGGCACUGAAUGGACGGGGCUAAAGCACCGUAUGUUGGCUGGUAUCAUCACAGACUAUUUCUUUGGCUUUGGAUACAUUAUGCUGGCAGGGGUCGCCUACCUGAUUCGCGACUGGCGUAAACUACAACUGGCAAUUUCUGCACCCGGUUUCCUAUUCAUCUUCUACAUCUGGGUACUGCCUAAAUCAGCUCGUUGGUUGAUGGCUAACCAAAGGAAUGCAGAGGCCAUGGAGUUGAUCCACAAAGCAGCUCGUAUUAAUGGUAGACCACUCCAGGGCGAUGUUGAAGUUUUCCAGUGUUACAAAAACUUUGAGAAAGUGCAAGAGCAGAGAAAACACACUGUGGUUGAUCUUAUUCGCACUCCCGAAAUGAGGAAACGAUCCCUCAUCUUAUUCUAUCUGUGGUUUGUCAAUGUGUUGGUCUAUUAUGGCUUGUCUCUCAACAUCUCUGACUUUGGGAUGAACAUUUACUUGACACAGUUCAUCUUUGGUCUGGUGGAAAUGCCAGCACGCACCAUCACGCUCUUUACCCUCAACCGCUCCAGGAGGAUUUCACAGCUGGCCUUUCUCACUGUAGGUGGCCUCGCUUGCCUGCUGACCAUCUUCAUACCUGAUGAUCUGUCCAUCAUCCGAACUGUCCUUGCAAUGAUUGGCAAGUUUGGAAUUACUGCGUCCCUGUCCAUAGUCUAUGUCUACUCUGCAGAGAUUUUCCCCACAGUAAUCAGACAAAACGGGAUUGGGAUGGGAUCCAUGUGUGCCCGGGCUGGGGGGGUCAUCGCCCCCAUCAUCUACCUCCUCAGGAACAUCAGCAAGCAUGCGCCUAUGGUAAUAUUUGGGCUGUGCCCUCUGAUUGGUGCUGGCCUCACCAUCCUUCUACCAGAAACAGCUCAAACAACUCUGCCCGAUACCAUUCAGGACGUGGAAGGAACAAAAAAAAGGGAUGUUUAUGAUGACACUGAGAUCUUUUGA